UUUCAUUUUCUGCGUCAUUGAAACAUGAGAACCAGAAUCCAUUUGAAUGUGAAAUUUUUACCACCUGGAGUACAAGACUUUGAUCAUUUGGUCCUUGGUUUAAGUCCACAGCCCUGCGUCCAGUUAGAAGCUCUAGAAGAACCACCCCAAAUGCAUAGACAUCACUUUGCAAGGUGAGCUUCCCUGUCUGUCAGCAGAGAAGACUAAUCAGAAACUUAGACUAUAGUUGACAAAUAAGUUAGAGUGAAUGAUAGGCUGUCUGAUAUAGAAAUAGUGAUUGUAUUGAAGGUUAGUAACAGAAUGCAAUCUUCUAAAAGCUGUUAGCUUUCUAAGUCAUAUAUUACUUCUUUAAUAGUUUAAGGGAAGUAAAUCCUAACUAAUGUUACUUGUUGGGAGGACACAAACUGCAUGGUAAGAUAACAUGUUGGAUAUGUUCUCUGUGGAGUGAAAAUAUUGUUCUAAGUGAAUCAAAACCACUUGUGUUCAAGAUUUUUUAUUAAAAGAGUUCUUAUCACUGUGCCACUUUCAACAUUUAUGUUCAUCUAUGAGUUUGACAAGGCUAAGAUAGAAUUGCAAUGUUUAAAUCUAGCAGAGGGCAUAUAAGUUCAUAAUGGCAUUCAUUCAUCCCUAUAAAGAUGCCUACUCUCUUAGUACUGUACAUUAACUGCCAAUUGUGAAGUACAUUUCAUGAAUAUGAUUGAGUCAGUGAAUUUCUGUUGCCUGCUUCUGGUCCAAUGUUCAAUGAUCCUCAACCCUUUUCCACUUGGAAAAUGGAUAUUUUUUUGAAAAAUGAAAAUAUAUAUUAUUCUCUUUGCAUACCCCAAGUUACGGGAAUUAUUAGAAUGCAUGACACUCAUUGUUUUAAAUUGGUGAAUUUGACUCACAGAAACUUAUAAGGUGACUCUACAUUGUUCGGAGAUGGACACAUAAAUGAACUGGUCUUGACGGUCAAGUAUGCGUACCAAUGUAUACUCAGGAUCAAAAUAGCCAAAUGUGCCAAGAGCUCCAGCAGUCACAUAAGUCUCCUCCUGGCCCUCCGGCAUCAACUUGGCUAGUCCAAAAUCAGAUAUCUGUUGAGAGCGGGAACCUGUGUUU